AAAAGCAACGCAAAAAGUAGCGCAAAAGGCAACGCAAAAAGUAGCGCAAAAGGCAACGCAAAAAGUAGCGCAAAAGGCAACGCAAAAAGUAGCGCAAAAGGCAACGCAAAAAGUAGCGCAAAAGGCAGCCCAAAAAGCAGCGCAAAAGGCAGCCCAAAAAGCAGCGCAAAAAGCACGCCGUUCGAUCGCCUCCUGCGAACAACUCGAAGCGACGAGUUUGUUUAAAAUAUUUACCAGGAAGAGUUCCCCGUGAAGAAUUUUUUUUUUCUUUCUUUUUUUCCUUUCCCUAACCGUAACGGAGAGUCAUCCAUAUAGCCAUAGCCGUUCGAAAAUCGCCAACCAUGGAUGUGAAAAGUAUUAUCGAGGAGGUUCAGGCCAUUAAGGUUUACCCACACAUGAUGUUCAACGCCUCCAAGCUGAAAACCCUGAGCGACUACGUGGACAUCGCCUUCGGAAACAACGAGUACUUUGACAACGAAGUGAUGCUGACGCUGCUGAGGCUCUUCUGUCUGUACCCCCACUGCUUCGACAAAAUUGUAAUCAAAAAAAUCCUCGUGUGUGUACUGUAUAACAUAAAUGAGGUAGACAUGAAUACCUACCUCAGCCUCAUCAACCCUAACCUGUAUGACGAGCACAUUAGAAGCGUCGUCUAUCUGUAUGAUUUGAUUAAGGAGUGCCAUUUUAUAAAACUGUGGAGCUGCAUUAACAAUAACCAAGGGAUGGAUAACCGAAGUUGCGACUACUCGUUUUUGGCCAAUCACGAUAGCUUCAUCUGCAACGUUAGGAAGUAUAUUUUAAACUGUAUUACUCUAAGCUUUGAAAAUAUUUCGCUUCAAAAUAUGGCCACUUAUUUAAAUUAUAAAGAUAUGAACGAGCUGGAAAAAUUUUUAAAUGAAAACAAGUGGACCGUUAAGAAGGCCACGCACAAGGAGGAGGAGGUGCAAGUCUGCUCCAAUGGCAACAUAGAGACGAUGCAGCAGAGCAAGAAAAGCAUCAACGCGUAUUUCAACGAGGAUAACAUAUCCUCUUACAUUAACAAGCUUAACAAUUGA